GCCGAGACCCGGAGCGGGAAGUGGGGGUGGGGAGGGGGUGUCUGGACUUUCCCACCCGGUUUCCCGGCAGACAGCUGCGGCCAAGGGGCCCUUCUAGGGGCUUCCAGCUGCAGUGGAUCGCCGGGCUGUGCGGAGCUGAGCGAGGGAGGGCCGGGAGCCCAGCCCCCGAGGGGCAGCGCCGUCGCCCCCCGCCCCCGGCGGGCCCCUUUGUCCCAGCAGCUUGCCGGGAACUCGUCCCUCCUCCCGCUGCCGCGGAGCCUCAGCCUCGGGCGGCUCCUCCCAGCGCGGCUCUGCUCGGCUCGGGGCCGGCGGCGGAUCCGAGGACCGACAGCAGACUUCACUUUUGUACAUCUUCACCCGGGUAGGCAAGAUGACCCAAAACAUGGUGACUGUGAAUGGAGUCGAUGUGGCCUCUACCCUGUCCCAGCCCACCCACAUCAACAUCUACAUCCACCAGGAAUCAGCUUUGACAGAACUGCUGAAAGCUGGGGGUUCCCUGAAGCAGUUUCUUUUUCGCCCUCGGGAUGCUGGCCCUUCCAAGGCCCGGAGGAGCCAUGAUCAGCUGGCUCUUGGGGUGACUCAAAUAUUGCUGGGGGUUGUAAGCUGUGCUCUUGGAGUGUGUCUCUACCUAGGGCCCGGGAUCCAGCUGCGUGCCUCGGGCUGUGCCUUCUGGGCGGGGUCUGUGGCUAUUGCAGCAGGGGUUGGGGCCAUCGUCCAUGAGAAGCAUCCGGGCAAACUUUCAGGCUGUGUGUCGGGUCUGCUCACCCUGGCUGGCCUUGCUACGGCUGUGGCUGCUAUUGUCCUCUGUGUGAACAGUCUAACCUGGCAAACUGAUGGCUUCUACUACAUUGACUCCAUGUGUAAUCGCCCAGACCCUGUCACCACAACCCCUGAGUACAGAUGGAUGCAGAAAAGACAUUACUACUUAGGCUGGGAUGAGCAGAUGUGCAGAGACUACAUGAAGAUGCUGGUGAACUUGUUCCUAGCAAUCCGUGCCCUGCUCCUGGCUGUCUGUGUCCUCAUGGUCACUGUGACCUUGGCUUCUCUGGGAGUGGGUCUUCGAAGCUUGUGUGGCCAGAGCUCCCAGCCCCUGGAUGAGGAAGAGUCAGAGAAGAAGCUGUUGGGGGAGAAUUCGGUGCCUCCGUCCCCCUCCAAGGAGAAGACUCCUGCUGCCAUCAUCCUGUGAGCAGCAAAAGCCGCUGCCUGGGCCCCUGCAUGUCCCCGUCCAGAGCAGCCCUGGGCCCAUGAGGAGGACAGUCCGCUCACCCCAGGGCCCCCCGCAGCCCCAUUCCUCAUGCUUGCCUCUCUCUGGGCCACUGUCCAAUCCCCCUCUUUUCUUCUCUCCCACCGUCCUCACCCACCAUUCCCACUCCAGUGUCCUCAAGUCAGUGAACACAUAAUUGUCACAUUUUCCCCAAAGCUGAUUAAACGGAAAUAACCAGGAAAAAUAA